UAAAAGAGCUUUUGUGCUUCUUCUUGCAUCGAAUCUUCUUGCUCAGUCUUGCUACUAGCUUUAUGCUCAGUGCUGUCGUGCCCUUGUGCCCAUCACAAACAACAAUACCGACACUGAUGAUGAUGUCCUUCGCUUUGCAGGCAUGUCUGUCAUGAGGGGGCUUUUCCAGCCAGAGAGGAGGAAAGGGUCCGACUCGACCGUCUCACAAAACACAGCUGACCAGCACAGUAAAAAGUACCUGCAACCAACCAUACAACCACCAUGAAUCUGUUUCGCCAUGAAAACAACGUAGCACAGCGCCUCCCCCGUGAAAAUCAAGGCGUGGCUCGUCUUUGGUACGAUGACGAUGAUGAAAGUAGCAGUGAUGAAGAAGAGACGAUUGACUGUAGUUAUUUCGACUUUUUUGCGGGAAGCGACAGCGAUGACGACAGCUUGAGUCUACCCGGAGGAAUGGACGAAAUGGGACGCACACUCUACUUUGAUGUGUCUCGUCGCCGACGCACCACGGAACUGGGACGAGCCCUCAAGGCCGGCAAUGCAGGUCUCAAAUUAAUUCAAGAUUUGGUAGACCGAGAAAUGCAAACCUAUGCCUCCAAACAAAUGAUUCCAUCCCGUAGUCGUCAUCCGCUCAAUCGCCCUGCCGCGGACGGACGGUUGCCUCUCCACUUGGCGUGUGCCAACGGCAACAAGGCCAUCAUUCAGUUCCUUGCAUCGGCAUACCCCAAGGCCAUUGCCAAGACCGAUGACGAUGAAAUGUUUCCUCUGCACAUUGCCUGUGCCCAAUGUGACAAGGAUACCAUUCACUAUUUGCGGUCGCGACACCCACAAGCACUCGUCCGUGCCGACAGCGUGGGACGACUUCCGAUCCACAUUGCCUGUACCGUGGGAGAUAAAGACGUCAUUGACUAUCUGGCCACGGCACGGCCCAAAACUCUCACCAAGCCAGAUUACCGAGGAAAGCUGCCCAUUCAUGUGGCUUGUUCUUUGGACGACCAAGAGGAUAUCAUUGACUAUCUCGCAUACACGUGUCCUCACUCGUUGGCCACGUCGGAUUACAAGGGGAAACUGCCAAUCGAUGUGGUCCUGGAUCGAAGGUCCUACAAGAAAAAGGGACCGUCUCUGGCCACCAUUCAACGAAUGAUCACACUCUGUCCCGAAAGUCUCCUGGUUGUCAACCAAACCACGGCCAUCAAAAGCACGGCACUGCAACGACUGCUCUUUCGAGAUCAUGUCGAGCUGGGUUUACUCCAAACCAUGGUGGAAACCUUGCCGACUACUCGUGGUAUCGCCGUUGCAGCGAACUUUCGGUGGGUGGAAACAAUUGCGACCGCCGUUACGGCUCCCGGCAUUGUCAUUGCGCCUGACGAUCCAACAACCGCUGACGGCUUGACCAUAACCAGGGAUAUUGCCGUCGAGCUGGCCAAACUCUUUUGGAAAGUAGAAUCUCUCGAGCUGCAAGCCAAGGCUUGGACGCAGGGAGCCUUUUGCCACUUUAUGGGACAACUGGCAUCGGCACCAGCCACCUUUCGGAAACUCUCUCUGUCGCUUCCUUCGUAUGCCAUGUCGACGAGACCUUCCAAAACACGAGUGGCCUUUGAGAGGGCGCUCAUGCACAAUACACACAUAUCCGACCUGCGUUUCGACGUGUGUCAGGAUGACAGGCUAAGCAACAAUAAGGAUGGCUUGUUGCUCCAAGCACUGGUACGAGGCGUACAGAGGAGAUCAACACGACAAUGUUUGGAUCGGCUGGAGCUGGCAAACUUUUCCUUUCCCAAACUGGGUGAACUGGUGUGCCAUGUGUCGAGAUCCCUGGUGCUGCGGGGAAUACAAGUGCGGGGGGUUGGACGGCACAAACCAUCCGGGGAGGAUGGAGAACCACGAUUGGAAGAACUGACCAUUCAUCGUGGCUCCGGGAUGACGGGUGCUUCUUGCAGGAACGUCGUUUUGGGAAUGCGACAAUCCUUUGGGCAUCUUCGGAGGUUAGAUGUCGAUUGGGACUUUGACCCACGCAACAAUGAUAAUGCCGAGGCUGGCAAGACAUGCCUGGAACAUCCCCACCGUCUUCUUCCGUUCUUACGGGAGGCGUCAAGGCUGGAGUCGCUGACGAUGAGGGGUUGCCGCAUGGAUCCAGCCGACAUUGUCCAAGCGCUCAAGGAGAACCACUCGAUUCGAACAUUGCGCUUGGUGCCACGUACUGAAUAUCCCGUACUCAAAGUGGAUGAUGGAUUCGUGGAGCUCCUGGAACGGCACAAUGCCUCGCUGGCAGACAUCAACCCAUUGCAACAAUCGUCUAACGUGGAAACGCAAGCAAAAUUUGAUUAUUGGCUUGGGAUGAACAAAUAUGGGAGAGCAAAGAUUAGGGACGAGGGCUGCAACGCGGACAGCUUUCUACGCGCCAUCUCAAUGGUUCCCUCUGGUGAGAUGGCGAUUCUAUACGGACUCCUCUUGGAACGCCCGGAGCUGUGGAGUCGGGGGUUUGCGACACAAUAGUUUAGACAUGUAGAAUUAUCAAUACACGUUAUCGAUGAUUGUUGUGGCGUGGCUGGCUGGUGGCGGGUUGAUGUGCUGGUCACACAAAUGCCUAUCGAAGAAAACUUGCACCAUGAGUUUCGGGUACAGUACUGUGACCAGAUAUCUUGCUUGUGUGGUAGGUGCUUUGUUGGUACGGUACUUUGCCUUUGGGGCUGGUUCGGUGCCCUGACCACAAACACCCCGCGCAUACCGGAACCAGAGAAUUGGCGACCACCUUGGACUUUGACACAAUAGAAGUCCUAUUCAGCAUCUGCCUCUAAUCCUCCUGUGGCUAAAACGGCUAAAUUCAACUUUUUCGCUAU